AUGUAUAUCUGUGUUUAUAUCCGCAGACGCGCGAAGACCCUGUCCUCUGCAGGUCAAGUUGGAGCGGCUCCUUCACACCCGUCUUGGAGCGAUCCUGUGGACGUCUACGACAGUGACGGCCAGCACUUGGGAGUUCGCACUGCUUGGCAGGCACAAACGACCUGCCUGUGGCACCGCACUGUGUACGUGGUUCCGCACUUGCCCGACGGCCGGGUACUCUUCCAGCGCCGUGCGGAUUGGAAGUGGCGUAUGGGUGGCUAUUGGGAUCUAGGUGCUUCGGAAACUGUGGAGGUGGGGGAGGACCUCCUGGUCGCCGCGCAGCGCGCAAUCCACGAGGAACUUGGGAGCCGCGCAGCGCUGCCGGCUCCCACCGAGUGCUGUCGACUGAGCACAGGCUGGAGCGGAGCACUGCCAAAGAUGCAGCUUUGCCAGUUGGAUCACAACAUCGUCUACACCGCCCUUGGCAACCUAAGUGGCGACACAGGCGAUCGCGAUGAGGAAGUGGAUGCGCUGGAGUACUUUUCAAUGGGUGACUACAUCAGGCUUGCAGAUGUGGACCGCUACAAGUUCGCACCCUGGGUUCACGCACUGGUCGCAGGAUGUCCACGCUGCUUCGGCGCAGCGGCGGCUACCGAGCUUUAG